UUCUCUGCAUAGAGGUGCGUCCCAGGAUCAGUGGGAACGGAAGUGUCUGCGUCCCCGACCUAGACGCCCGCCGCCCUCGGCCACUCUCCGCCCACAUAGUCCGUUGGCCGCCGCUGAGCGGAUGGACCCGGCGCAGAGCUAUGUGAUCUUCGAGGACGUGUUUGUUUACUUCUCCCGGGAGGAAUGGAGGCUCCUUGACAAUGCUCAGAGACUCCUGUACCGUGAUGUGAUGCUGGAGAACUUUGCACUUUUAGCCUCACUUGAUUGUUGGCGUGGUGUGGAGGAUGAGGAGGCCUUCUCUGAGCAGAGUGUUUCCUUAGAAGGAGUGUCACAGGUUAGGACUCUUAUGGAAGAUCUGAAGACCCAUCCAUGUGACAUGUGUGGCCCAAUAUUGAAAGAUAUCUUACACUUGACUGAAUACCAGGGGGAAAAAGCCAAGCAGAAACCACAUACAUGUGGGGCAUGUGGGAAGCAAUUUUGGUUCAGUAUAAAUGUUCACCAGCACCAAAAGCCGUGCAGUGGAGAGAAAUCCUUCAGAAAGAAUAAGGGCAGGGAUUCUGUGAAAUACUGCAGAGACUAUGUGCCAGAGAAGAGCUAUACAUGUGGGAAGGGCAGAAUGGACUUCCCAGCCACCUCUGGUCUUCUUCAGCACCAGGCCCUUCAUAGCAGGAUGAAGCUCCACAAGAGCACCAAGCUUGGGGAAGGCUUUUGCAAUGGGCAGAGGUAUCACAAGUGCAGUGAAUGUGGGAAAGCAUUCCCCCGCAAAGACACACUUGCUCGGCAUCAGAGAAUUCACACUGGAGCAAGGCCUUAUGAGUGUAGUGAAUGUUGGAAAUCCUUUAGCCAAAGCUAUGACCUCUUUAAACACCAGACUGUUCACACUGGAGAAAGGCCUUAUGAGUGUAGUGAAUGUGGGAAAUUUUUUAGACAAAUAUCUGGCCUUAUUGAACACAGGCGAGUUCACACAGGUGAAAGGCUCUAUCAGUGUGGCAAAUGUGGGAAAUUCUUUAGCAGUAAGUCUAAUCUCAUUAGACAUCAGGAAGUUCACACAGGAGCAAGGCCUUAUGUGUGCAGUGAAUGUGGGAAAGAGUUUAGCCGCAAGCACACACUUGUUCUCCACCGGAGAACUCACACUGGAGAGAAGCCUUAUGAAUGCAGUGAAUGUGGGAAGACCUUUAGCCAGAGCUCCCACCUUAACGUGCACUGGAGAAUUCAUAGCAGUGAUUAUGAAUGCAGUAGAUGUGGGAAAGCUUUUAGCUGCAUCUCUAAACUCAUUCAGCACCAAAAAGUUCACUCCGGAGAAAAGCCUUAUGAGUGCAGCAAAUGCGGGAAAGCCUUCACCCAAAGGCCAAGCCUUAUUCGGCACUGGAAAGUUCAUACUGGAGAAAAGCCUUAUGUAUGCAGUGAAUGUGGGAAAGAGUUCAUCCGAAAACAGACACUUGUUUUGCACCAGAAGGUUCACACUGGAGAUAAGACUUAAGAGUGUAGUGCAUGUGGGAAAUCCUCUGGCCAGUGCUCCUAAUUUAUUGCCCACUGGAAAAGUCCUAGCAGUGAUCAUGAGUGCAGCAGAUGCAAUAAAUCCUUUACCCAAAGGCUGAACCUUAUUUGCCAUUAGAAAGUUCACACUAGACAAAGGCCCUGGCAGCAUAGGGAAUGUGCUGUCUCUUUGUUCAUCCUAAUAGCUCACCCCAGAGUGAAGAUUUGAGA